AGUAGAUAGUGCAGUAAGAAGAGAGUGAACUUGACAGUGUGUGGCUACGGCUUUCACUACAGUAGUCCGUGGCUGUCACUAGUUGCAGGCUCAGUAGUAGCAGCAGCUGCUCACUAGGAGGAUGGUGUGAGUGCAGCAGCCCCUCUCUCUCCCUCUCUUUCUGUCUCUCCUCCUCUGUCUGUCUCCCUCCCUCUCUCCUCGGUUCUCUGUGCCGGAUGAUGUGCGGGGCUCCCCGGGCAGGGGAUUUGAUCUGCCCGGGCACGGGAACACAGCGGCCGGCGCGAUGAUCAGGAUCUUCCCGGACUUCAGCGUGCAGGUGACUGCGGCUCCGGGGACUGGCGGGGUUCCUCCCGAGCCCGGGGCGAUCAGGAGCGGUGGAGCCAACGGGAGUCACCAGCAUAAUGUGCCCGGGGUCGGCUCCUACCAACAGCGGGGAGCCUCCAGACCUAUCAGCGCAUGUCCCGCCCCCUGUCCUCCAGACCUCAACCUAAGUUUACAAGCCCUGCGGAAAGAAAAGUCGAGGGACGCGGCUCGCUCUCGACGUGGGAAGGAGAACUUUGAGUUUUACGAGCUGGCCAAGCUUCUCCCACUCCCUGCAGCCAUCACCAGUCAACUUGACAAGGCAUCCAUCAUCCGUCUGACCAUCAGCUACCUGAAGAUGAGAGACUUUGCCAACCAGGGUGACCCACCCUGGAACCUACGUAUGGAAGGUCCUCCACCAAACACCUCUGUUAAAGUUCUAGGGUCCCAGCGGAGGAGGAGUCCCAGCUCUCUGGCGAUGGAUGCUUUCGAAUCUCAUCUGGGGAGUCACAUUCUCCAGUCUCUGGACGGAUUUGUAUUUGCACUAAACCAAGAAGGAAAGUUUUUGUACAUUUCGGAGACUGUGUCCAUCUACCUUGGCUUGUCUCAGGUGGAACUAACAGGAAGCAGUGUGUUUGACUAUGUGCACCCAGGGGACCACGUGGAGAUGGCAGAGCAGCUUGGCAUGAAACUUCCCCCUGGUCGAGGGCUUCUAUCCCAGAGUGCCAAUGAUGACGGAGCCAGUUCAGCAUCCUCAUCUUCGCAGUCAGAGACCCCUGAGCCGGUGGAGUCGACCAGCCCUGGGAUUCUCCCUCGGGAUAACUCUUUGGAACGCUCCUUUUUUAUCAGGAUGAAAUCCACUCUGACCAAGAGAGGGGUGCACAUCAAAUCCUCGGGGUACAAGGUUAUCCACGUCACUGGGCGACUUCGUCUCCGCAUCUCCCUGUCCCAUGGACGUUCGGGGGCCGGGCAAGUGAUGGGUCUUGUGGUGGUGGCUCAUGCCCUCCCUCCCCCAACGAUCAAUGAAGUUCGAAUCGACUGCCAAAUGUUUGUAACUCGUGUCAACAUGGACCUCAAUAUUAUAUACUGUGAAAAUAGGAUCAGUGAUUACAUGGACCUUAAUGCUGUGGAUCUGAUGGGUAAAAGAUGCUAUCACUUUAUCCAUGCUGAGGAUGUGGAGGGCAUCAGGCACAGCCAUCUUGACUUGCUGAACAAGGGGCAGUGUGUGACCAAGUAUUACCGCUGGAUGCAGAAGAAUGGGGGCUAUAUCUGGGUCCAGUCCUGUGCCACUAUCUCUAUCAAUGCCAAGAAUGCCAAUGAGAGAAACAUCAUCUGGGUCAACUAUAUUCUUAGUUUGCAAGAAUACAAGGAUGUCCCCAUGGAUAUUGCUCAGCUUCCUCACUUACCUGAGAAGACAUCGGAAUCCUCUGAGACUUCUGACUCUGAUUCGGACUCCAAGGAUAAUUCAGAGGACAAUGAAAAUCCAAAGUCAGGUGGAAAGGGGAAUCUCUCAGAGCAGAGCGAAGAUCCAGAGCACAAGCAGCCAGGGGCCCAAUCUGAUCCGGAGAUGAACUGUGACGAAGAAGGAAAUAGUUCUAGUGAAGCCUGCAGUGAGGAGAGUGAAGAAGGUGAAGACUGUGAAUUGAGAAAGUCAGAGGAGGUGAUGGAGCAUGGGGGGUUGAGUGUCCUGGGAGGUAUUGGUUCCUUGGAUGCCUUAGGCCCAAUGCACAUAAAGGUGGAGCGUUAUGCAGAGAGUGAGGCAGACAUGCGAGGGCCGGAUUCUUUGAGCUCAGACAGUGCCAAGGACUCAGAGAGUGGAGAAGAGGACGAAGAUGAUAAUGGAGUCAGAGUAGCAGGGGUGCUUAAUCGUCAUCAGAGGAGGAAAAGAAGGAGAAGAAACAGGACAGGACCAUGCGGAGGACGCAGGAGAAGAUUGUCUGGAGGAUCAAGCCCAGGCGGCAUAGAGAACUCAUUGGGGGACCCUCCUAGACUUCUCCCCUCCACCCCACCUCCCACAGGAGCCUGCGCCUCCUCUUCUGUACUUAAGAUCAAAACAGAAAUGUCAGAACCCAUCAACUUUGACAAUGACAGUAGCAUUUGGAACUUUCCUCCAAACAGGGAAAUCUCCCGUAAUGAGUCUCUCUACAGUAUUACCAAACCUCCCACAGGAGGUGAGCACUUCUCCCCCUCCCCGUCCUCCUCUGCUGCCCCCCCAGCCCUUCAUGUUUCCAUCCCGGACUCUGUCCUCACGCCCCCAGGUGGGGCAGAAGGUGUUGGACGCAGCAAACAGCAAUUUGCUGGAUCCUCAGCAGGAUUGGCUACUGUCAGUUCAGACCCCCUUUCCCCUCCCCUCUCCGCUUCCCCCAGGGAAAAGGCACCUCAAACCAGUGGCCCAUCUAACUCUCUUCUGUAUGCAGGGGAGCUGGAAGCUCUGCAGAGGUUUCAGGGGGGAAAUGUGGUUUUGCCCCUUGUGCAUCGUGUGGCAGGGACAUUAGCAGCCACUGGAAGCAGUGGGCAAAGGGUAUAUACCACGGGCACCAUUCGCUAUGCGCCUGCAGAGGUAACUCUGGGCAACCUCCUUCCAAAUACUCACCCUGUGAACUUUGUGGAUGUGAAUGGCCCAGGAUUUGGACUGGACCCCAAAACCCCAAUGGAGAUGCUCUACCACCAUGUGCACCGGUUAAAUAUGUCUGGUCCAUUUGGAGGAGCUGUUACAGGAGCUGGUCUUACCCAAGUUCCAGCUGCUAGUGUCUUCACAACAGCAGAGGGAAUCUUCUCAUCUCUUCCUUUCCCAGUCUACAGCAAUGGCAUCCAUGCAACACAGACUCUAGAACGGAAAGAGGACUGAGGGAACGAGGGCAAAAUGUGAAUGAGAGACUGAGAGGAAGAAGAGGAGGAGUAAGAAUGGACAGACUGCAGAGAGAGAGAGAGAGAGAGAGAGGAGAAAGACCUUCUAAAUGAAAUGCAGAAUGUAGGUUGUUAUGUACAGGGGUUUGGGGCAGCUAAAUCUGGCCCCUCCAUGUCUCCUCCUUUGCAGACUAUUCCAAAGCCGUAAGGGGAGGUGGUGUGUAAGAGGCAGUAUUAUAAGGUAUUGCUCUUCCCAAAGCAGUGUGGGACCAGUAGCCCCGUCUUCCGCACUACACACAAUCAAUAACAGGGCUGCACAAGGCAUUGUGGACACUUCCAUCGGCUUUGGUUUAGUCAGCAGGUGCCUCUCCAGGGAACCGCCGGCACUGUGCCCGUUGCUCCAUCAUUUAGUGAAGGGGGCAGCGGAUGUGUUCUGAUCCUUUACAACAUAAAAUAUUCCAGCACUUUGACUCCCACCUAGAAUCCCCACUAAAACCCUGGAAUACUUCAUGAUCCCUUACUAUCUUAGUCCCCACCAGACAUACUGGAACAUGGCUUCCUUUUUUUCUCUUUUUCCACCUUUUUUUAUAUUAUAGAUUAUUACAAUUUUUUUUCAUUAUAUUGGGACCUCUUCCUGCCUGCUGCUGGAGUGUUUCAUCAGUUAACCCCUUGGUCACCAGAAAGGACAGGGUGCCUGCUAUUCUGGUCCACUGAGGGUUAAAAGUGCUUGCACUACAGGUCCUGGGAACCCCAAGCUUGGAGUGAACUCUUUCCAUGCCAAAGGGGUCCCUAAUGGUAUUAACAGGCACCAAGUAAGCUGUGUAUUGACGUACCAAGAUGCCUUGCCAUGGAAGAAUGUGUGUGCUUGUUGUGUAUUCUAUAUCAGUCUAUAUGUGUAUGUAUACAUACAUAUGUACCCCUGUGUGUACGUGUGUGUCUAUACAUAUAGGAAACGCACACAUUCACAGACUUUGUCACAUGCAGGAAAGAGACCUUUCCUCAACAGGCACAUCCGCACACUGUCUGUUCCACAACUCAUAUCCCAGAAUCCUCAGUAUGUAUAUACGUUCACUUUUUUCCUCCUUUACACCUUCUUCCCAAUCAUUAGAAAUAGCUUGCCUCCACAGAAUCCAUAGGUGCAGAGUACUCCCGAGGCAUCCCUUUGCCCCCCACUGAGCUCUAUGAUAUCACUGCUGAGAUGUCGCCAGAUAACAUGAGUCUUUCAACUAGUUGUGGGCUAGAUUGUAGUAGCUGUAGCUGGUCAACAUCCUGCUUAUAUGUGACUUGAGCCCCUUUCUUAUGCCAGCAGGGCUAGUAAAUCAGAUCUUUCAGGGAUUAGGUUUAACUGUUUUUAUGUGAAAGGCCAAUGGAUGCUGAUAUAGCAGGUGAUGAUGCUGCUGAGGUUCCUCUUGCACUGGCAGUUCCUUCUAAUGACCAUAAGGAAGCUCUAUGGAAAUGUGCACACUUUGAUUUUUAUAAUAUGGAUGUUUAAGGGCUUCUCUGACUCUCAGUCCUGGACUAGAGAACUGAAGGGUUUAAGGUGGCCAUAUAUGUAGAGACCUGCUUGUUUGGCGACUUCUCUCCCCGAAAUGCCCACAUUGAGGUGGGUGAUAUCGGGCUGAUCCGAUCGUAGGCCCUAGGGCCCAAUGAUUGGAUCAUAAUAUAGCCAACACGGGCAGUCAGAUCGAUGGACCGCAUCAACUAAUAGAGACUGGAUUUUUAAUCCUGCUCGAUCAACAUCAGCCCAACUUUCAGCCAAUCGGAAGGGCCCUACACACAGGCCGAUAAGCUGCCGGCUGCAGUUUUUAUCAGCCCACGUAUGUCCAGCUUUAUGUAAAGGUGGAUAUAAACUGCCAAUUUGGUCCCUUCAGAUUCAAUUGACAGCGUAUUGGCUUGUGUGUAUUGCCUUCCUGGUGGCCUGUCUGAACAAUAUCUGAGUAGUUAGAUAAUCCCAUAAAAUGAGGACCUCACCAACCAGUUGAUGCUGUUCUCCAGACAUAAAACAAAUGUUGGUCAGGGCUAGUUAAUCAGAUGAGCCUAAUUUGGCCCAGCACAUAGGUGGCCCAAACAAACAGAUAUUUACAUGUUUGCCCAGCUUACGAUCAAAACAUUUAAGUGGUGAGAACCAUUAUGGAACCUGAAGGGACUAGCAAAGUUAUUUGGGAAGGUCUUCCAAGCAGCUUCUUUGUUUACAUAUUCUUUAUUUUCAGUUUUGAAAUUAACAAGGAACAAGGGAGAUACAGAAAACAAAAGGGGAAGGAGUCCACAAUGCAGUCUUGUCCUGUGUCCUGUACUAAAGGAAUCACCUUAACUUUGGAGAGGAAACUCCAACUUGAGGCUCUCUGGUCAUUAAGUGAUUCCCAACCUGCCAUUGUAGAUAGGAGAUAUAGAGACAUGGCUUGCCUGUGCCAGAGUUAAAGGUAAUCCAUGAAAAACCACAGGAGUGUCCUGGGUGAUGGUCAAGGACCUUAGAGACUACACAUUCACUUAAUCCCUUUGGUUCUCCAGUCCCUUGGACUGGGUGUCUGAAUAACAGGGAAUGGAGGCAGUAUAUUAGCGAGGGUGUCAAUACUUGCACAGACCACUUUACUAACCCCUCAUGUUUUCCUGUUACAUGUUGUGUGUAAUGACCUGCCCUGUGUUGAUCUUGUCCCGUACAAGAGGGCGACCAGCUGGUUCCUUUACGGUUUAUCUUCCAUGUUUUUCCUCAGGCUUCUGUAUCAUUCCUUCUCUCCUUCUGAAGCACUUUGCCACACCGUCUAGAUGGGCCGCUAACCCUUCUAGAUGGACCUGUAAAGCCACCACUAGACUACCAAUAAGCAGAACGGGUUUUGCUCUCAGCCUUUGGUUGGACAGUUCCAAAUUAGAAUAAAGGAGCAGGAGGAGAGAAAUAAAGAACAAACUGAGCUGAGAAAAUACCAUUCUCAGUUUUUAGGGAGAAAUUGUGACUUUCAAAUGGGAAAGGGGGGGGGAAUAAUGGUUUUUAUGUCCUUCUUCCAAUCUGUUUCGGCAGCUUAUCUGUGAAACAUCCAAUACCAGGUGUGAGAUUAUGAAAUGUGUUGCUUCAUGUAAAAAAUUAAAA